AUGCCUGCCAUCUCCCGCACUCUCGCUGUCCUCGCCCUCGCUGCCGUGUUUGCUGCCGCGAAACCUAUUCCUCGCUCGAAUCUCGCCACGUGUCUGAUUUCGACGACGGAGGGAACGCUGGAAGUUACGGAACACAAUAUUGAAGACCUCCGCUGCAACCCCGACUUUAUGAGCAAGAACCCAAGCUUCGAGGCUGCCUGGGCCGACUGCUGCAAGACUCAAGGCUGUAGCGUAAACUCUCCCACUGACACUUCUGGCUUCCGUCAAAGCAAUCCGAAUCAAGAGUCGUCGCAACCGAGUCUCUCUCUGCCUCUGGAUCCGUCCAAGGAUGAAAAAGCCGGCGACGAAGCCAUCAAGCAGCUAGAAGGCGACAACGAACUGCCAACUCAUCGCGUUACUCGUCCCAACACUGAGCAACAAACUUCGACCACACUCAAAACUGACCCUCAACUCAUUCAAGACGCGCCUCUUCAACAGGAAAAGCAAACGGAAACGCUCGCCGAAGGCUUGGACCCGAAGAAUGGCGCCGUCAAGCAGAUUGAAGCAGAAACCGAUCCCAAGAAGAUUGAAGACUUGUCUCCUCAAAACACUGGCAAGGCUUCGCAAACACUCGCGAGCGACACAAAACAGGUCGAAGCAGAGGUUGCACCUUCAACUGAACGUGUUGUAUCAAAUCCAGAAACCAAAGAGGUUGCGCAAGACUUGAGUCUUCCGAAAAAGACUGAACUUUCUCAACAAAAUCCGACCACACUCGAGCAAGAUGCGAAGAAGGUUGAAGGAGAGGUCGUCCCAGCUUCAAACCAAAACACGAAGGAGAUUGCGCAAGACUUGGGUCUCCCGAAGAAGACCGAACUAUCUGAGCAGAACCCGGGAACAAUUGAGAAGAAGGUUGAAGACGAAGUCGCGCCGACAUCGAACCAAAAGGUCACACAGGACUUGAGUCUCCCCGAGAAGACCGAACUUUCAGAGCAAAACCCGGCUACACUUGAGACCGAGGCGAAGAAGGUUGAAGGAGAAAUCGCCCCGACAUCGAACCAAAACACCAAAGAGGUCGCACAGGAUUUGGGCCUCCCUCAAAAGACUGAACUGUCUCAGCAAAACGCCGGCACACUUGAGACGGAUGCGAAGAAGGUUGAGGGAAACGUUGGCUUGGACAACAGUAACGCGACCACGCAGAAGACUGCUGUGACUAGUGUCGAGGAGCUCGAAAAGGCCACAACCGAGUCGCCUUCCGCCAACCGUCAACAACCAGCGAGCAGCAGCACGACUAAUCUUGGACCGACUCUGACCGAGAUUAAACCCGAGGGCGAGAAGGUGAUCAAGCAGGCUCAGACUUGCGAGUGCAAAUAA